AUGCGAAGGAUUGCAGGGGAACACAUACGUGUAAGAUAUGCGCAGGAGCGCACCACUUUAAAACCUGCACGGCGCGUCGUGAACCAAGGUAUGCAUCCCAGUUUCUUUUACAAGAAGAAUGCUGAACAAACUGCUGUGCCUCCAGCAGGGAGUGACGAUGAGAGGAUGGGCAGCUCAACCGAUGAAGAACUGGACAUCGAACCUUCAGACGAUGAAUGCAGUCACAUGUCAGAUGACGAUGAUGAUGCUGAUCAACCACCGCCCCCGCCGCACAGAAAAAAAAUGGCAUGGAUGGAGACAACGUCUCGUAAAAAGCCUGUUCAAGAGCCUCCUUGGACCGGGAAGAGGACUUUAGAAAUGGCCGUGAAGACACCAUAUCAAUAUUCCUCGGAGCUUUUUGACAAGGACCUUGUUGAUGACAUUGUACGACAAAGCAAUCUCUAUGCAAGGCAGAAGGAUAUACGUACGAAUUUCACAGCCGAUUCUGACAGUAUUCAGCGGUUUAUGGGGGCGUGCCUAUACAUGGGCCUCUACCAGAUGCCCGGUUCGAAGAGGUACUGGAGCAGUCGCUGUGGGAUUGCGCAAGUUCAGGCUGCUCUAUCAAGGAAGAAAUUUGAGGAGCUGAAGCGCUAUCUGCAUUUCUCGGACAACUCGCUGAACCAAUCUGGCGGCAUCAGCAAAGUGGCACCACUGCUUGGUUCUGUACGAAAGAACCUGCGCAAAAUAUCAAUGGAGCAGUGUCUCAGUGUCGAUGAACAGGUAAUCCCGUUCAAAGGGCGCAGUAGGCUCAAACAGUACAACCCAAAAAAACCAAAGAAAUGGGGCUAUAAAAUGUUCGUCCUAUGCGGUGCCAGCGGAAUUCCAUACGAUUUCGAAUUUUACGCUGGAAAAGCUGAGCACCCCGACCACUUGACAGACAUCAGCGCUAGCUCGAAUGUGGUGCUACGACUUGCACAGUCGGUACCACAAGAUGAGAAUUACCGAUUAUUUUAUGACAACUGGUUUUCCUGUCCGUCUCUCCAAGUUGCUCUUGCACUUCAGGGAAUUCAGUCGCUGGCUACUGUGCGCCCGAAUAGGGUCUCCGGAGUUACGAUGACGUCUGACAAGGAAAUGAAGAAGGCUGGUCGAGGUACCUUACAGGAGAAAAGUGCAUCCGUGGGCAACGUGCAACUGAAACUGGUGAAAUGGAUGGACAACAGGUCAGUGCACCUACUCAGCACAUUCGUGGGGGGUUUUCCGACCUCACAAGUUCAGCGGUGGGACAAAAAAACUAGACAGAAAGUACUCGUGACUUGCCCCGCUGCAGUGUCUGAGUAUAACAAGUUCAUGGGCGGGGUUGAUCUUUUGGAUUCUCUAAUUGCAAUCUACAGGACGCGGAUCCGAUCAAAGAAGUAUUACAUGAUAUUUUUCCACAUGCUGGACUUUGUAUGUGUUGCCGCAUGGCUCUGGUACAAGAGGGCUGCAGAAGACUGCCAUCUACCUAAGAAGGCCAUUCUCCCACUGUUCGAAUUCAAAACAUCCAUCGCAGAGGCACUUUGCUUUAUGAAUUCACAGCCGCGCAAGCGCGGCAGGCCGAGCGGCGAAUCAAAAGAGAACAGCGUGCUGCAACCUCUGAGCAUGACAAACACAGACGUCACGAAGGACAGAGUUGCACACUGGCCCGAAUAUGAUGCAAGGAAACUGCGAUGUAGACAGUGCCAUGCACUCACAAAAGUGAUGUGCACAAAGUGCAAUGUUCACCUCUGCUUCGUGCCCGAACGCAACUGCUUCGUUGCAUACCACUGCUAG